CGACGUCACUGGUCUCAAAACUGUUGUUUCAACGAAUGAGCCAGGGCAACUCAAUGAGCUGACAGAGAUUGUCAAAGCUGCCUCCUAGAGCAUCUGAGGUGAUGAGCCAGCGCGUCUUCAACUUUUGGUGUCCUUGAUACUAAACUCACCUUUCACUCUGCCCAACCAUUGACAAUGGCGCCCCAGGAGGAAUCCAAGGCGUCGUUGACCCUGGCCUCACAGCUCAAAGCCUGGGGAACAUCCGCCAUCCCCCCCAUGACGCUCACAACGCUCAUCAUCUCCCUGCACGCGCGGCCCUUCCAGGCCCUGCCGAUGCUCUUCCCGCCGCUGCUCAUCUUCAGCUCCUACCUGACGCUGGCCGGGUUCAAGAUUGACGGGGCGGGUAUGACAGCCGCCUGGAGCGGCAUCUACACCCUGCUCGCGGCGCGGCGGCGAUCAGCCUCGCUCCGCAGCCGCUUCAGCUUGAGGGGUUUCGUCCGCGGCUCGGCCAUGGCCCUUGGGGCAGCGAAUACCGUGGCGGGCUUUUAUACCUACGCGACGGGGGAUAGGAAGAAGGAGGAGGAGGAGCGGAGAGAGUUGAAUCGCUGGGGCGUCUAUAGGGAUUGA